AUGAAGUCCCUCCUCGCCGUAUGUGGCCUCGUUCUGGCCGUCACAGUCUCAUGUCAGGACUUUAGUCCGGUCUUUAACCUUCCUGAAUGCCCUAGAUCUUGCAUUCUGGAGACCUCCGGAAGAGCCAAUGAAUUUGGAUGUUCCCCUGGCGAUGUUGCCUGCCUUUGCAAGAACGAGGAGUACCAGCGUGCACUCAUGGACUGCGCUAAAAAGUGCAAGCCUGAAGAUGUCGAUGCCAUGACAAAAGCUGGUCGUGAGGUCUGUGACAGUGCAGGAGCCCCUGUUCCUCCCGCGACUGGAGCAGAUAUCACCAUUCCCUUUCCCACGGCGGAAGUGCCGUCUUUUCCGCUUCCCGAAGUCCCUUCACUCACCACACCCCCUUUUCCUGAACUUCCCUCGGUGACCAUGCCCCCUCUUCCCGAACUUCCCUCGCUCACUGUCCCCCCUUUUCCUGAAAUACCAAGCGUUCCACCGAUUCCGUCCAUUCCAAACCUACCUCCCAAUGUCGAGGGCGAAGGCACCGUGAUUUCGAAUACGAACUCCAUGUCCAUUCUCCCGGUCGAAUCGAGCGGCAUCACCUAUCUAGAUCCGAUUUUGACGCCUUCAGCAGCAGCUUCUAGCGGGAGCGCCGAACCUUGGCCUGGAGCUGCAAAUUCGCUCUCACCAAUGCAUAAUGGUGCUAUAUACAUCGGCCUCCUUGCGCUGGUUCUUUAA